CAUUAGCGCAUUGCGCACCCUGAUCAUUGUAGCGCACAGGCUAGAUCGAUGUGCUUUCUGCACACCCCACCAUAUGAACUGAAUUGCCCGUUCUUGUUCGAUUGAUCCGAUUAUUCGAAGACGGUUACCGAUAGCGGGUUCGUGACCGACGUCGUGAGUUGGUGCCUCGAAUCUUGCGCAGCUGUGGGCGUAGAAGCCAGGCGUGGGACUAAGUUAUUUUGCAAGUUGCGACAUUCUUAGACGUGAUGGCAGCAAAUGAAUGCAUUUACUUUUAUGAAGAUGAAGUGUAUCGCAUCACAAAGAAAGGAAACCUUGAGUUUGGGAUGGUUCUUCAAAAUGCGGACGUUGAUACUGAUGAGGAAGAGUCUGGAUCAGAAGAGAUGGAAAAGGUGAAGAAUGGACACAUUCUGGUUGCCUGGCACCCACGAGGUGAAGAAAAUGUCGUCCAUGAGAAGAAGGUGGGCCUGUCGGACCGCUGUCUGAUGCCGGGCGACAUAGUGCGCCGCCUGGUGCCCGGCCAGGACACGCAGCGCGGUUACUGUCGCGCCAUCACCAUGAAGGCCACCGUCCAGGUGGUCGGCACCCGCCAGGUCAUCUACAACGUGGCCAGCGACGAGCUGACCCCCCUCGAGGAGUUCGCGCCGGACAUCGCCGUCUGCAUGGACGCCUGGGUGGGCAUCAUCAACUCCGUGACGUCGGACGUGGAGCUCCAGUUCACCGACGGCUCCGUGUGCGUGCUCACCGACGAGGAGGCGGCCGAGCUGGACGACCCCAGCGGCCGCCGGCUCACGGACUCGGAGUUCCGCGUCUGGUUCUACCCGGGUCAGAAGCUGCAGGGCCCGAUGCGCACCUUCGAGCCGGCCCGCUGGCUCACCUGCAACAAGGACACGCAGGCGCUCAAGGAGAAACGCAACAGACUGGUCAAGGUGACGGUGACGCGGUACCGGGUGACGUCACUGAACGUGCACUGGCAGUGUCGUGCCGUGACGUCAGAGGGUAGCCUGGAUCAGCCGGCCUACGUCAUCACCGGUGACGAUCUCAAACGAGUGCGCAUGUUGAAUGUCUUCGAGCCGUGUACCCUCCAGCUGGGCGACAUGAACACGUACCGACUGAGGGAGGACGACCUGGUCAUGUCGCUCGACGAGUGGAAGCGGCUGGAGAAGGACACCCUGAAGGCGGGCAAGCGGCCGACGGCGGCGCAGCCUCCGGCGGAGAUGAGCGCGCCGGUGGCUGGUGCGGCGGCGGCGGCGCCGGCGGCCAGCGCGGGUCUGCCCAACGGCGGCGAGCCGCUUGACGACGAGAUGGGCAGCGUCAGCAGCUACAGCAGCGUGGGCUCGGCAGGCAAGCGCACGCGUCGCGGUCCAUCUCUGAAAACGCACAUCAUGAAGAAGCGCAAGCUGAAACGCUCUCGACCGUGUCGGCAUCCUGUGUACGAAACGCGAAGCUUUAGUGCCGGUGACACACUUGUGGUGGAGACGGUGAAGACCGUCUCUUGGGUGACCGUCGUUUGGCAGGACGGCACAGUGGAGGAGGAGCUGCCCUCCAUCAGCCUGCACCCGUCCCAUCACCUGGACGAGCACGAGUUUUUCCCCGGUGACUACGUGGUGGAGCAGAAGACGGAGGCGGGCCCCUCCGAGUACGGCGUGGUGCAGCGGGUGGACCACGCCGGCCGCACCGCCCAGGUCAACUGGUACCAGAUCUACAUCUUCGGCAGCCAGGCGAGCCCGCAGAUCCUGCGUCGGACCGAGGCCAGCGUGUACGAUCUCUCCGACCACCCGGACUUCCGCUACCGGCCGGGCACAGUGGUGAUCAGCGUAUCGCCUCAGACGCGCCUGCCGCCGCCCUCGCCCGAGCAGGGCUCCGGCGACGAGGCGACCGCGCCGCAGCCGCAGGACGGCAGAGAACGCGAUCCGGAGCCCCAGACGAACGGGCCUGUCCCCCUGCCGGCGGCCGGCUCACCAGCGCCGCCCGGCUGCGCUCACGCCGGCCAAGUGCUCGACGUGCUGACAUCUGGCGAGGUCAAGGUGUGGUGGGCGGACGGCAGCAGCUCCAACUGCUACCCGCAAGACCUGUUCCGGGUGGGCGAGUACGACUCGGACGAGGGCGAGCUGUGGGACAACGGCGACUCGGCCGAGUCAACCGAGUCGGCCGAGUGGGAGACGCAGUCGGAGGAGUCGAUGGUGGCCGGUGACGUCGGCUCUGACCAGGAGCAGCUGCCGGACGAGAGGCUGAAGCCGAAGCUGGCCGCCAUCAUCGAGAAGAUCCGCGUGGCCAUGACGCGGCUGGAGGAGAUCUUCACGCUCAACUCGGCCCUGCAGAGUCCGCUCAUCAUGAAGCAGCUGCUGGAGAUACACAAGAACAGCAGGUUCCUGGACAAGCUGAUGGACACGUCGUUCUUCGGUGACACCCACUUCGGCGGUCUGGUUGGCCAGAUCCGCGAGCGGAGCCGGGCGUUCGCCGCGCAGCGCGAGUUUGUCCCCGUCCUCGGCUCCCACCUGGAGCUGGUGACGCUAAUGUCCUCCUAUAUCCCGCCGGAGGGAGCCGGCAUGAACGAGUGCGCCCAGUUCUGCGCCAAGCUCAAGGCUCAACUGCUGCUGGCUCAUGAGGAAGUGGUGCGUCGGUACGGCAUCUCCCUCAGCGGCGGGGCGCUGGACGGCGCCAGCCCGGCGGCGGACGACUCCGGCAUCAACGGCGACGCGCGCACCGACGGAGAGGGCGGCGAAGAUGCCGAGCUGCUGUCGCCGGACGAGGUGAAGGUCACGCCGCCGACAGACGCCGCCGGGGACGCGGCUGGAGGCGCCGCAGAAGGUCACAGUCAAGAGUUCACGACCCUGCCUUCGGUGCCGGACGCGCACAAGUUCAAGGUCAGCCUGUUCCAGCCUGUGGAACCGCCCGCCUUCAUGCGGGCCGUCCGGCGCGAGAUCCGCAUCCUGACCAGGGCCCUGCCCGACGGCAUUAUCGUCAAGGGAUUCGAGGAGCGAAUUGACCUGUACUCGGUGAUGAUCACUGGGCCGCGCCGCACCCCAUACGAGGACGGCCUGUUCUUCUUCGAGGUGCAGCUGUCGCAGGACUAUCCGCGCAGUCCGCCCAUUUUCCACUACAUCAGCUACUGCUCGGACCGGCUGAACCCGAACCUGUACGAGGACGGCAAGGUGUGCGUCUCGCUGCUGGGUACGUGGGGCGGCCGCGGAUCGGAGGUCUGGUCGUCCUCCUCCAGCCUCAUGCAGGUGCUCGUCUCCAUACAAGGUCUAAUCCUGGCGUCGGAGCCAUACUACAACGAAGCCGGCUACGAGAAACAGCGCGGCUCGCAGCAGGGCGCCGAGAACAGCCGGCUUUACAACGAAAUGGUGAUCCUGAAGCUGGUGCAGUCUCUGACAGAGAUCCUGAAGAACCCGCCGUGUGUGUUCGUAGAGGAGGUCGGAGAGCACAUGCGGACUCGCGCACACAGGCUGAUCGCGCGUCUGCGGCACUGGCUGGAGGUGUCGGAGGCGGGCGGCACACCGACGACUGCAGAAGGCAAGCCUGCCGAGUUUGACCGUCCUGACUUCCCGCUGCUGCCGGCCUCCCGCGGCUUCGGCAUCACGCUGCGUAAGGCGCUCAAGACGUUCGAACAGACGCUGCAGGAGUACGGCGUUCGGGACGGCGCCGCCCCGCAGCCGCCGCCGCCGGCCGACGCCGCCUCCAGUUAGCCUUGGUGGCGCACUAGGGCCCUUUGUAACCAAUGAUUCCACUGACGGAUUGGUGCGGCGCCCACGGCGGCGGGCGGCGGGCGCGCGCGCCGCGUGUUCUUGUGCUGUUCGGUUUGCCCCCCCCCC